CAUGUGAUCUGUGGCUGCAGACAGCCCAAAGUGAACUGUGAAGACGGAAGUUAUCCUCCCACUCGGUUUUGUUUUUUCAGACUCUGAAGUCUUUAAGAAGCUCUUCAGCAUUUUAAACAUGACAAACCACUAGUGACGCAGUUUCAUUUUCACACUGGGUGAUUUUUUGACUUUUGACUCGAGUCGUGCUGGGAGACUUGACUUUUUCUCUCUAAAGUGCCAUGGUAUCAUUGGGAAAUAGCAACAAUCACGCGGAGGGAGCUGAUCUUAAAAAUGGGUCAGAGAGGGCGAGAACACUGAAGCACUUUCCUCCGUACGGCACCAUGAGCGGGAACUCAUCAGCUGACACCUGUCCAACCUGUCGCGGCACCGGGCGAAUACCCAGAGGCCAUGCCGACCAGCUAGUUGCUGUAAUCCCAUGUAAUGAUGUCAGGCUGAAACCCAGACGCACAAAGCUGUACGUUUGCACCUCCAUGCUGGUGUGUCUCUUGCUCUCCUGUCUGAUCCUCUACUUCCUCUUCCCCCGGAGUGUCACCGUGACGCCCGUGUCGGUGCUGUCCGUCAUGGUCUACUUCAACCCAGGCACGAUUCAAAUGGAGGUCACGAACCUCAUCAACAUCACCAACGAGAACUUUGUCCCGGUUCAGCUCGUCGAGUUCGACAUCCAGUGUCUCAUUUCCGAAGUGGUGGUGGGCAAGACCAAGAUAAGUAACAUGACCUCCAUACCGUCCCGCUCACAGAAAUCGUACAUCAUUAAGAAUGAGCUGACUAUCUCUGAUACAGGAUUGUACGAUUACUGCAAGUCGACCUCGAUCCAUAUUCACACGUUGUUUCUGGAGCUGCAGUAAGUAUCCAUCUCAGUCUGAACAUCUCAAACUUACAGAGACCUGAAUGCAUCACUUUGUGUAGAGAGGGGCUGAAAGUCUUAUCCUCUAAAGUCAUAUCUUUCAAUCUAACAUGUUCUUAGAAAAAAGAGUCAGAUAUCGAGGAAAGAGAGAUUGAUUGGGGAAUGACAUGCAAGAAAGCAGCCACAGGUCAGAUUCGAACCUGGGCCGCCUGCUUGGUGGACCUCCGCCUUGGUACAUGGGGCGUGCACACCAACCACUAGCCCACCAGCGCCACAUUAGUCUGCUCUUUUAAUUGCAAACCACACUUUGCAAUCAACAGUAAUCCGAUACUGCAAUCUGCAAAUAGUCAAUAAUCUGCAUCAAUUCCUUUUUUUUACCACUUGGGGGCAGCAGAACAAGCUGGAAAAAAUAUAUAAUCAUCUUAUGAAUAUAUUACCUGAUAUGUAAUCAUAUGUGAACUAAAAACAACCACACGUGCUAAUGCUAAGGUCUUUUCUCACUGUGUUAAAUAUUCUCUCUGCCUUUUUCUCUCUUUUGGUGACAGCGUGACAAAUACUGUGUCUGUUAUCAGUCAAGCAGUGUACAUUUGGGUUAUCUGAGCUUUCUCAGUCAGAGGUGUUGCUUGUCAACAGGAAAGACAGGCAACUAAUUGCGGCCCCAGUGGUGGUUGACUGUCGGUUGUAGUGUUUGCAGUGUGUUCAAGUGCAACUUUUUGACCCAAAAAAAAGGUGCUGUUAUAUGACGCCACAGACCACAGUCAGCCUUCGUCGCAACUAGUUCUUUGCCGUCUGCUUGGUGUGUCAGGGCCUUUAAACCAAAGCGGGGGCCCAAAAUGUGCACAUUUUCAAUGACAGUAGGAAACCUCCCGAAGGGGGUCCUUCUUAUCUGACAGCACUCAGUCUUGUUGCCCUGCUAAGCGUCGCAUGCAUUAUUAUUGCUGUGUAAAGUUUGUCAAUGAAAGUCAAGAGGAAUUUUUCUAUUUAUUGAAAACGCUGGUUUGAGGGGCCCCCCCAACUGAUUUUUGGCCCAGGGCCCCAACAGACUCUAGGAUCGCCACUGUUCUCAGUUGUAUUGAACCAAUAUAGCGCAGAACGUAUAUGGUGGUUUUCCGUCGGCUGUAGUCUUUGCGGUGUGUUCAAGUGCAACUUUUUGGCAAAAAAAGGC